UGUAUGCUAAAAGAGUCCACAGCAGUGGCUUGUCCUGAGUGUCUUUUUUAUCCAAAACAGGAACUGUUAGUCCACCUAUACUUUCUGACAGCGACCGCAGCAGUAUCACCUGGAAAGUUACUGUCAAGCAUGGCCGUGUUUGAGAACUGCUCCAUGCUCUUUGAGCUGAAAACUUUGCCCUUCAAGGAGAAGACCAAGCUGAAAUCAGCAGUAACAGAAAAUGGAGGCCACAUUUCCUUUGUGGUCAAUAAACAGUGCUCUCUGAUAGUGACCAGUAGUGUGUCCAACCUGAGCUCCAACAGGCUGCGUAACAUUCAAAAAUACAACACGCCUGUGGUCGGGGUGGAUUAUGUGUACAGCUGUCUGGAGAGAGGUCUUCUUCUGCCUGUGGAGGAAUACAAGCUGGACAUUUCCUCUGCUUUUUCACCUGCUCUUCCUUUCUCCUCGAUGAUGCAAAGUCCCCUCUCAAAACACGGCCCAGCCAAGCCUGUGGACUCUGUCCACCUAAAUCAGAAGGGCGGGUCUCCAGAGAGGAGUGGAAACAUCCUGGAAAUGUUCAGAAUUUAUACUGAAACUGAUUUUAAUCUUCCAACGUAUCCAGAACAUUUCCAAGUGGCUAAGUAUUCAAUCUUUGAAAAGAUAAACAGCAAGACUUGGUGUGUGCUGGAGCUGCAGAGUUACAGAGGAGAGAAAGGACAGCAGUACCGUGUGGUCAGGUACUGCAAGGAUGACAUAGGAAACAAGAAGGCAGCGGUGAGAGAUAUGCUGGUGUUUCUGUCCACCUCAGAGGAAGCUCUGGAGGUGUACAAGGCCCUGAGAGAGAAGCUGCAGGCUACUGGUCUGCAGCUGAGGAACAGCACGCCUGCGCAGGCUGGGGACCUGGGCUCCGCCCCCCUCCAACAGCUGCUGCUGGAGGAGAAGCUGAACACAGGAAGCUUAUCCCAGGAAGUGGGCGUAUUUGUGGAGCUGCUGUGGACUGAGGCCCUGGGCUGCCUUAGCAACAUCCUCAGAGUUCCUAUCGAUAAGCUCAGCCUCAACGAUGUAAGCAGGGCGGAGGGAUUGCUGCUUCAGGCUCAGAGGAAGCUGAGAGAGGGAAAUAAUAAUGAGGUGGUGUCUCUCCUUACUGAGGUUUACACCCUGCUGCCGCACAUACAACCACUGGUUUACCACGUGUCUCCCACUGCCAAGUUCAUCUCUCAGAAGCUGGACCUCUGUCAGUUAAUCAAAGAUGUUCUGAAUGUGAGCGAGAUGACUCUGAGAUGCCCCACGCCGUCUUGUCUGGGGAAGUACCGCGCUCUGAGGUGCAGCAUUGAGACUGUCCCCCCUGGCACCGCCGAGUUUCAGGCUGUGACCGCUCUGCUGCAGGACAGGAAGGUGCAGGUCCAUCAGGUUGUGUGUGUCAGCAGAGGGGUGGAGCUACAGACGUUUAAAAGUGACAUUGGGAACAUCAAGCCCCUCCUCCAUUCCUCCAGCCCCAGCAACUUUGUCGGACUGCUGUCUCGUGGUCUGCUGCUGCCCCGUGUUGGAGUGGAGCAUCAUGGGAUAGAGAGAACUGACGUUGGUAAUCUGGGAAGUGGAAUCUACUUUAGUGAUUCCAUGAGCACCAGUUUGAAAUACUCCAAGCCCAGUGAGACAGACGGCUCUCGGCUGCUGUUGGUGUGUGAUGUGGCGCUGGGACGAUGCGAGCGGCUACACAAGAGAGACUUAACACUGACCCAGGCUCCUGAGGGCCACCACAGCGUGCAUGGGGUCCGCUGCACCCCUAACACUCCCUCUGAGUUUGAGGACGACGAGUACGUGGUUUACAGUCCUGAUCAGGUGAAACUGAAGUAUGUGGUUCAGUUCAGCGUCGAGGGAGAACAACUGAAGGAGUUCAGUCCUGCCAUCAACACCUCAGAUGAGCUGGGUCUGCCCUCUGAGGACCAGCAAGAAACAGCUCCAGAGUGUGUCUUGGAUGAUGGGUUUGAAACCAUCAAAAACCCACUGGCGGAUGUGACGGCUGGGCUGUUGGACAGUUCUGGUCAGCAGCUCCCUCUGCAGGCUGUCCACGUGAAGUGCAAGCUGAUGGAUCUGCUUUCUCAGGUCAUCAUUUUCCAGAAAUACACCAACCUGAGCCCUGUUCCCAUUGAGGCAAAGUAUGUCUUCCCAUUGGAUGAUUCUGCAGCAGUGUGUGGAUUUGAAGCUUUCAUCAAUGGGAAACAUGUGGUGGGACAGGUGAAGGAGAAAGAGCAGGCUCGCAAGGAGUACAAGCAGGCUAUUGAGAGAGGCCAUGGAGCCUACCUCAUGGACCAGGACGCCCCCGAUGUGUUCACCAUCAGCGUUGGCAAUCUUCCGCCCGGUGCGACUGUCCUCAUUAAAGUUACAUUUGUGUCUGAGCUGAUCGUCAGGGACGGGAGCAUCCUCUUCUCCCUGCCUGGGAGUGUGGCUCCGUGGCAGGAGAGUGCAUCGCUCAACCAGACUACACAAGUCACUGUGGAGAAGGUGUGUGUGACUGAUGAGGCAAGAGAGUUCACUCUGGACGUGUCAGUUGAGAUGCCGCAUGAGAUCACCAACCUGCAGUGCAUCACUCACCAAGUCAAGAUCAAGAGAACCGACUGUAAGGCGGUGGUGAGCGUGCUGCCAGGAGAGGUCAUGGGUCAAGAAGGGUUCCAGCUUUCAGUCACUCUGUCUGAGGUCCACCUGCCCAGGAUGUGGGUGGAGAAACACCCCGACAAGGACAGCCAGGCUAGCAUGUUAGUUUUCUAUCCAGACUUUGAAAACAAAUCCAGUUCAUCAUCCGAUGAAGUCAUUCUCUUGCUGGACACGUCUGAGUCCAUGAAGGAAGAGUCUCUCCGCAUGGCCCAGAAACUCGCCCUGCAGGUCCUCAAAACCCUCGACAACAACCUCAGACUCAAUGUCAUUUUCUUUGGAACAGAUCACACAGAAGCUUUCCUGGCAGCACAGCCAUAUGUUAAAGCCCGUCCAGCAGCCGAGAGCUUCAUCAAGCGCUCCAGCCCAGUCGGGGGCAGCACUGAGCUGUGGCGGCCUCUGCGAGCUCUCAGCCUGCUGCCUCCAUCCCGCGGCGUCAGGAACCUGCUGCUGCUGUCGGACGGCCAUAUCCAGAACGCGGAGCUCACCUUGCAGCUGCUCAGAGACAACGCUCAGCACAGCCGGCUCUUCACUUGCGGCCUCAGCCCGACAGCCAAUCGGCACAUGCUGAGAGCCCUGGCCAGGGCAGGGGGCGGAGCCUACGAAUUCUUCGACACAAAAACAAAACACAAUUGGGCAGAGAAGGUGGCAUGUCAGGUGAAGCGCAUGUCGUCUCCUGGCUGCAGUUCAGUGUCGGUGAAGUGGCAGCAGUUCAACCCAACAGCGGCCCCUCCUGUGCAGGCCCCCAAGCAGCUCAAUGCUCUGUUCAACGACUGCCACACCUUGGUUUACGGCUUUGUUCCGCACUGCACUCAGGCCACCCUCCAUGGAAACCUAAGCGGUCAGAAACUCAAAACCAUGGUGUCGACCAGUGAGCUGCAGAAGACCAAGGGCACAUUUCUUCACAAGCUCACAGCAAGGGCCCUCAUCAGGGAUUACGAAGACGGAAGCUUGGAUGCCAAUGAAGCUGAACAUGAGGGGAAGAAAGCGGACUUGAAGCGCUUCAUCAUUGAGUUAAGCAAGGAGUUCUCCAUCCUGUCUCAGUUCACCAGCUUUGUGGCCAUCGAGGAAAGGGACUCCGAACAAACGGAGCAGGGCUUCACGGACAUCCCCAAGUUAAUAAAAGAUGAAGAUGUGGACUUCCUCCCCUACAUCAGCUGGAUUUCUCCUCAGGAUAGUAUAGCAGAUGAUACAUCUUUGGUGUUGGGAGAAUAUUAUGGGAUGAAUCGGUGGCUGAGCAAUGAUGAUGUCCUUCCUGAUUUGAUGGUAGCGGCAUACUGUGUAGAGUCUCAUGAUUAUGAGUCGGCUUGCAGUGUGACAGUGAAUAUGUGUGCUGACUCUACAGAUGAAAUGAUGGUAGAGUCUUCUGAUGAUUAUGAGCCGCCUUGCAUCGUGACAGAGGAUAUGUGUGAUGACCGUACAGAUGAAAUGAUGUUGGAUGAAGGACUUUGUCUGACAGAAAAAAUAAAUAUUCCAUAUAAUGCACCCACGAGCGAGGCACUUAGGAGAGUGACCUACACAGGAGUGCAUCGCCCAAUUUUACGUGGGCAUACCCUACUAAGUACAGUCCCUUGCCCUCCUCCUCCUCCUCCUCGUCGUCUACUCGGUGCUUCACGUAUACAAACCGCAGCUUUAGCCUCUCCUGUCCCCUCACCUCUCUCUUCUUUGUUUGGUCAUUCAGCCCGCUCAUUUGAUCGUCUUCCUGGUCUUCCUGGUCUUCCUCUGCCUCCAACUUGCAUGCCACCUCUUGGCAGUGGGUCACUGGCUGUUCAGGCACCGCAGAGGAUGCAACAUUUCAGUCAACUUCGGUUAGAAAGGUCCAAUCAGUCCAUGUCACCUGAAAUUCCCAUGUUUCUUGACAGCAUUGAACCUGCUGCAUUAUGUAAGUCAAUGAGCAUGGUUAGACCUGCAACACUCAGCAAGACCUGCAACACUCAGCAACAUUUGCAGUCUGUAAAUCAAGAUCCUGCAGCUCAGCAACCACAGUCUUUUGGUAUAACGGAGUUUCUGCCUCAAGUCCAACUUUCAGCAUGUAGUGUUCCUCAAAUAAAAAGUCGGCCGAAAAGUUUUCGAGCUCUAAGUCGGACAAGUUUUGUUCCCAGUGGUUCUCUGUCUCAAGACCAAUCCAGUGAACAGGAUUAUAUAAAGAUCCGUAGCUCUCAACAUUUGAGGAGAAAGAAGCGCCUUCUGACUUUAUCAGAUCAAGAAGCCCUCGAGGACAAGUCAAGAGAUCCUGAAGUGCUGCACCUCAGAUGGACAAAGAUCUUUCAACUGCAGCAUAGGGAGGGCUACUGGGAGUUAACCACAGAACUGGGUGAGCUCAUCAAUGUCGAUGCAGACCUCUUUGCCAACGUCUUCCUGAAGAACAAGGGCAUCCAGUCGCUAGGUGUGAAGGCCCAUGAAGACAUCCUGAAGCUGGUGGCGACUCUUCUGGUUCUGCAGCUGAUGAGGGUGGAGAAGCUGAAGGAGGGCAAUCUGCUCCGUACACUCUUCUGUCUGGACGACUCACCUCAGCCGAGGCCCGAGCGGUGGGAACAGGUGAAGAGGGCGGUGGACUGGGUUUGCUGGGCUGACCGGCAGUACCCGUGCGUCUACAGCCGGCUGGAGUUUGGUCUGAGCUGGGAGACCUCCACCCGUCAGCUGCUGGGUUGCGAGGGCCUCCCUCCCUUCUCACCUCUUAGUGGUCUGAACCUGCAGAGGGCAGUAGGGAAUCUAAUGGUCCACUGAGCAUGCCAACAUAACUGAGGGAGCAUGAAGAGAAGAUAGUAAGAAAGUGUGAGAGAAAUUCAAAACACUUUUUCGUUUUUAGAGGGGAUUUCAUUUUUUAUGGGGGGGAGGGGUCUUUUGUGGUCUUUAUUGACAGGACAGCUUGGAGGGAGUGGGGGGGUGGAGGGUGGACACAUGCAGCUGUGGAUCGGAUUCAAAUCCACAGCCGCUGCCAAGGACUCAGCCUACGUGGGGCGCAUACUCUACUGAAUGAGAUAGAGGUUGCACUGGGAUGAGAUUAUUUUAGCAAUUUAUUUUUUACAUAUGCAUGAUGGAUACACACUUUAUAGACUUAAAUAACCAGAAACAGUUAAUUUCUGUAGUAAUCUGAUUUCUUUAAACUUUACAAAUAUAAGAAUUGAAGUUUCUUUUUUGGUGUAUGGGUUUGGAGAUUUAGCUUUCUCCUGGUUCAUUGCUGGGACAUUUACUGAUAUACUAAUAACCGGGUGUUUAUAACUGCUUUCUAAAUGUACGCAUGUCUAUGACAAAGCCUUCACACAGGGAAAUUAUCCAUGUGACAGCAGGACAACACGAUAAAAGUAAAGGUCAUGAAGAGUAGCAGGGUAUUGGUGUGUUUAGAAUAUCCCCAUCCAAAUUUACACUGAAACGAAAACUAAAGGCUGUAAUACAGCAGCUAGAUGCUGUAAUACAGCAGCAUCUAGAGGUGCGGUUUCCUCUGAGUGUUUGACUGUUAAAUUUAGACAAAAUCAGGAAGCAGUGCCUUGAUAUUUUAAGGAAGCAGUGAAAGUAAUUUAGUAAUAUUUCCAACUAAGGUCAGAGAAGUGGAGACAUGUGAUGACUGACCUGCUGCAUAUGUAACCAGGGCCAGAAAAGCAGAAUUUAUAAAUCCAGGAUAACUUCUAAAUCGAGGCUUUACUCAGAAAAUAUUGUGCAUGCACAUGUGCUGACAGGUCAGUUUUAGGAUUGAAAAGCCUGCUUUGACACUUCUCUUUUUAUCUCAGAAACUGGUUGUGUCCUUCCCCUAAAACCUAAAGAGAAAUAUAGAGAUAUAGAGAACAAUCCUAUAAAUUAUUU